UGAGAGAGAGAGAGUUCAACUGAAAGAUAGAGUGAGAGUAAGAACCAGAGACUGACAAAAUCCACGUGAAAAAGGAAAGUAAAGAAUGAACAGAAAGCUUAGUUUGUCUGUUCCAGUGGAGUGGGCGGGCUUAGAGUGUUGCUGUAGAUGCACUGUGCAUGGUCACUGUCUCGCCACGAUGCUCAUUUGCAUGCCUCGACUUAUCAGGCAGACUGAGAACUGAUACAGUGUAAGGUGGAUACUCAGACAGUUGUGUUUAGUCUAACCAAAACGUUCCAGUCUAUUCUGUGAGUGGACAGUGGUCUCCGUGACAACUGGACUUCUCCGAACUCGUUACAGAAGAAGGACUUCUAGGUUCUUUGUAUGUUGAGGCGGCAGCUUUCAUCUGUCUACAUCCCAUGUGAUUAAUCUUCUGGUGAAGCUCCUCGUUGCUUUAGGACUCAGUUUACUGCUUCUCAUUUUUAGCAGAGACCACCUGGGUGCGGACUUGUUCAGUCGAACUAGAGGAUCAGCUCUUUCCACCUCCCUGGUUAUAAAGAGAUUUUUUAGUUUUUGGUCAUGGCAGAAGGUGGUAUCUCUUACCCCUCUGUGUUUAUGGUGGACAGCGGUGCUGUCUACCCCCGACUGCCGUCCAAGCCUCCCCCAGCACAACAGAGGCCUGGGAUCCAGAUCAUUCUGUUCCUGCUUGUCAGCCUGGCUCUCUGUGGCAUGGUCAUAGAGGCCUUCUUCAUCUACCACCUCUACCGCGCUGACACUAGAGGGUCUGGAGUGUUUAGUAAGAGUAUUCAAGACCAAUCUGAAGUUGUUACCCUGGCCCCAACCAAAGCCUCUCCUGUUUUGGUGCCUUCAAAACCUCUUGCCCAUCUGAUUGCUGGACCUCCAAGGCGUCAUUCAAACGGGAUCAUGCAAUGGGUCAGGGAGGAACCCCCCUUUGUCUAUGACAUGGACUACAGAGAUGGAAAACUGGUCAUAAAGAGAGAGGGAUUCUACUAUGUCUACUCCAAGCUCUUUUUUAAAGACUCGAUCCACUUCACGCACACGGUCCUCAAAGAUACCGAUCGUUAUCUCGCGAAACCCAUCCCCCUCCUUCAGUCCCAGUGGUUCCACGCUAAAGGCAAGUCAGCGUUGUCCAAUAGUUAUCUGGGAGGGGUGUUCCAGUUCUUUAGGAAUGACUCCAUCUUUGUGACAGCGUCAAACACCUCUAAUGUCAUCCGUUCUAAGGCAUACGAGAACUACUUCGGUGUCGUCAUGAUCUGUUGAUCUCUGUCUCUCACCGUUUGCUGAGGGUAAACAUUUGAUGAAAGAGUUGGAAAGCAAACAUUUUGAAAUCGAUGGAUAUGAUUCAUCAUCGUCACUAAUGCACGUCACAAUUACAUGUACAUUUAGUUAUUUAGCAGACGCUCUUAUCCAGAGCGACUUGCAGUAAGUACAGGGACAUUCCCC